ACCAACAGGUGCUGUGCUCAGCGCUAUGGCCCGAGGGAACAUAACUCUGGCAGACUUUGGCGUCAAGGGCACGCAACUCAAGCUCACCCUCACACUGGACCACAAGCAGAAAGUUGUCUUCAAGCCUGCCUGGUACGGCAGAGAUGACAUCAUCACGGGCACACCGUACUCUGGCAGGGACAGACACAACGCAGAGAUUGCGGCGUUUCAUUUAGGCCGUAUCCUUGAGCUGAGGAGAACUCCGCUAGCCAUCGGGAGACGCGUGGACAUUCACCGAGACAUAAAACCUGUGGCUACUGAAAGGCUGCUCAAUACGUUCUUUGAAAAAGACGGCCAGACGUGUUUCUACGGGAAGUGCCUGUACUGCCGCGGCCCGGACGACGGAGUCUGCGCCACCACCGCUGGGGUCAUGGAGGGCACACUGGUCCUCUGGCUGCCCAAUGACUUCAAGCUGAAGCUGCACAAACACCCGUGGUCCCGCACCUACAAGGAGGGGGUGGUUGCAAGGUGGAUGAAGGAGGAUGACUACUGCGACAAGAUGCGACGCAUCGCUCGCUUCAGCAAAGGCCCGCGUCUGCUGGACAUCAUCGACACCUCCAUCUUUGACUACCUCAUCGGCAAUGCUGACCGCCACCACUACGAGACGUUUGAGGGAUACGACGACAGCAUGCUCAUCAUACUGGACAAUGGCAAGAGGAUUCGAGCCUCCACCUGGCAGCGUCUGCUGGCGCUACAAGACGACGUUCUGAGCCAGGUCCUGGCGGGUGUGCUGGCCAACGACCCGAUCGCCCCCGUCCUCUCGCAACGCCACCUGGACGCCCUGGACCGGCGGCUGGUCUACAUACUGGACGUCAUCCAGGGCUGCAUCACCCGUGUGGGUAUGGGGGCCAUCGUGAUGUAGCUGGUGGGUGGAAGUAAAGUUAAGCCCCCCUACCCCCUCCUCCCACUUCAUCCCCCUCGCCCUUCCUCCCACUUCAUCCCUCCCUCCUCCCCUCCCUUCCCCCCACCUUAAUAAUCAUGAUAGCUGAUGAGGGAAAGAAAAGUUCAGCAUCCUGGUGAACUCAGGCAGCGUUAGUUAUCUGUUCUUGUCUUUGUACAAGUAGCCUAAAGUGUCUCAGCAUCGUGAGAGAAAUUACCUGGGUAAUAAUCUUGGUAUUUAACCCUAUCUGUACGUCGUGUUUUACUAUCAUAUCCAUACGAUGUGGGGAACUCUGU